AUGCCAGGCACAAGAUUUCAGUCAGCUGUGCCUACAAGAGUCUGCCAGCAGGCCCUACUCUCAGGCAAUGAUGUUGUCCUGCAGUGUGACCAUCUCAAGGCACGCUGGUACUUCUCUUCCAUUCUGGGGGAGGAUCUCUUGUUGCUCUCCUCAGUGCCUAACAUAAAGAAACUGCCUGGGGGCAGCCUCCAAUUGACCAACCCUCAGCUCUCCCAGACAGGCCUCUAUCACUGUGAGGACAAUGACAGUGCCCUCGUGGUAGAGUAUGAGAUUGAUUUCCAAGAUGUCACUACCCUACACAUUACGCACAGAGGCCUGGGCCAAAAGCCCCUGCAGAAUGAGACCCUGAGUCUGGGUGGCAAGGAGCUCAUCUUCACCCACUGGGAUCCCAGGCAGGACUGUAACCGCCGUGGGGAGCCAGGUGAGCGCAAACGCCUGGGGUACUGCUACAUCGAGGAGCCCCUGGAAAAACCCAUGCCCUGUUGGCUCUAUCUGCAAGAGAGAAGAUACCAUCAGUGGCGUGUGGACGCUCACACGAACGAGAGGUGCAGACACUUGGGAUCGCAUGAGCGGAGGCUGCCAGAUUCUGAGAAUCAUAGCUUCCGGGCCUCAUUUCCCGACGGCCGCUGUGGCAGUGCCCUGUCCCCGCCCCCUACCCCGCCCCCGCCCCUGGGCUUCCCCCUCCACCGCUUCCUCCCUCCAGAGGCGAGCGAGCGGUAG